AGUUCUUAUCUUCCAAUUAAAUCCACGUCAGCAUUGAUAACGUGUUUUUUUUGUUUUGAAAAAUACACCAAUUAGAAAACCUUAUUACAAGAUUAACUCAUUCUUUCUCCUCCGAACGAAUUGGUUCGGAAAGGAAUCGUAAAGUUAAACCAUUCCGUUGCUUAAACCUUGCUUCAUUAAUAUUUCAUUGACCUGAGAUCUAGGGGAUUAGGAUAUCAGAGUUAUCCCCAAUUCAAAAGUUUUGAUUUUCAAGUUACAACAUUUCUGAUGCGCAUUGGCUUUUACCAGAUCUGCGUUUCACCUUCACCACUCUAUUUCGUUUUGGAUUUGAUUCACCUUCAAUGGAUUACUCAGUAAUUCCCAAAAAUUCAUACGUCGAAUUACAGACGAAGAACGACGACGACCCGAGAAACCCUAGAUCUCAUGGAAAGUUGCUACCUUUAGAUGAGGAAAGUUAUCUAGGAUCUAAGAACAGUAAUGGGCAUGAAUUAUUCGAAGAUGUGGAUGGUUUUGAUGAAGAUCAUAGUUUUGAGUUUCAUGUCGAUAAUUAUCCCCUUAUUGUUGAUGGCUCUAAUUCUAAUAAUCAUGGGUCUGGUGUGUCAGGGGCGGUGUUUAAUCUCACAACGUCGAUUAUUGGGGCUGGGAUCAUGGCACUGCCUGCAACCAUGAAGGUACUCGGUUUAGUUUUGGGUUUUGUGUUAAUAAUUUUGAUGGGUAUUGUUUCUGAAAUUAGCGUCGAAUUAUUGGUGAGGUUUUCAGUUUUGUGUAAGGCCUCUUCGUAUGGUGAGGUUGUUCAAUGUGCAUUAGGAAGACCCGCCAGAAUCUUGUCUGAGAUUUGUAUAAUAGUGAAUAAUGGUGGUGUAUUGGUUGUUUAUUUGAUCAUUAUGGGGGAUGUCAUGUCCGGUUCUCUUCAUCAUAUUGGUGUGUUUGAUCAGUGGUUGGGACAUGGGUUUUGGGACCAUAGAAAGCUUUUGAUAUUGGCUGUUUUGGUGAUUUUUCUGGCACCCCUUUGUGCAUUAGAAAAGAUUGAUUCUUUGAGCUUGACUUCAGCUGCUUCUGUGGCUCUUGCUGUUGUUUUUGUUGUGGUUGCUUGUGUUGUUGCUCUUAUUAAGCUCGUAGAGGGGCGAAUUGAAACACCGAGGUUGGCCCCGGAUUUCAGUUCAAAGGAGGCAAUUCUGGAUUUGCUUGUAGUGAUUCCUAUUAUGACUAAUGCUUAUGUUUGUCACUUUAAUGUUCAGCCAAUCUAUAAUGAACUUGAAGAUCGUUCUCCUCAGAAGAUGAACCGAGUUGGUAGACUCACAACUGCUCUUUGUGUUGUGGUCUAUGCUUCCACAGCUAUAUCAGGAUAUCUUCUCUUUGGGAAAGAUACAGAAUCUGAUAUACUGACCAAUUUUGAUAAAGAUUUAGGAAUUAGAUUCAGUUCUGCUUUGAAUUAUAUUGUUCGGGUCGGUUACGUUCUUCAUUUGAUUCUUGUUUUCCCAGUUAUCCAUUUCUCACUUAGGCAAACUGUGAAUGCUUUGCUGUUUGAGAAAUCAGCUCCAUUAUCAGAGAGUAGGAAGAGGUCAUUGGCCUUGACAGUGGUUCUGUUAGCACUCAUUUAUAUUGGAUCCACUAUGGUUCCAAACAUUUGGACAGCUUUUAAGUUUACAGGAGCAACAACAGCUGUGUCAUUGGGAUUCAUAUUCCCAUCUCUCGUUGCUUUAAGAUUAAGUCGAAAAGGGGAGAGUUUGAACCUUGGGGAGAAGCUUCUUUCAUGGAUGAUGCUAAUUAUGGCUGGAACUGUCAGCAUUGUUGGAGUGGUUGGAAACAUAUAUAGCCUCAAAAGCCAAUCAAAAUGAUUUCCCUUGUAGAGUUUUGAUGGGUUGAGUAAAAUUUCUCUGUUUGUAUGUUGCUAUGCAGUCAGUGUGUCUGCUUUUCAGAUCUGAAAAUGAAGUUUUCCAAGGUUAGAUCUUUACCAGUGAAGUCUAAUUACCCUAGGAAUUGAAUGAAGAGGGUAGGUUAGAUCUUGACAACACUUGUCAUAUUCAACAUAAAAUUCUUUUCUUUCUUUUUUUAUUGUCAUUCUUACAAUCAAUACUUUGAGGUUAGCCCCACUUUUGAGAGCAUUCCUCAUGUCAGGAAAACAGUUUAUACUAUUUGUUACAAAUGUGUAAGUUAUAUUCAAACUAAAUCCAAAUAAUUCAUGCCACUUAUCUUUAUCC